AAUUAAAAUAAUAUUUUAUGGGCAAGCUAUUCUACCGCUACUGUAUUUGUGUUUUUUUUUCGCAUUUCUGCAGAAAUUAUUCACACAUUUUACCGGCAAAACAGAAGAAAACCAGUUCCCAAAUCAGCAAAAUCCACAGAACGGGAUACAAAAAGCAGGAAAACUGCAGCCCGAUAAUGAUUCUCCUGGCGUGAAUCAGAAUCGGAAUCAGUACAAAAAAACAAAAAAAUAAAUAAAUAAAUAAAAGUAGAAACAAAUGCGUCACUCCUGCCUGCACUUUGUGACUAAUAAGUAAGCAAGGGAUUCGCAGUGUGCGGAUGCGGAUCUUUGCAGAUCAUGUGGCUGACGAGUGUUAACCCGUUGUUGUCAACUGUGAUCGACGAUCGAUGAUCAGCGAUCGAAUGGCUUUUGCGUUAUCAUUAUUAUUAUCAGUUCAUGUUCAUUUGACUUUUCACACUUUUCUGCAAUGUGUCCCCCCAUCCGCCGAUGUCCGGGGAUCGUUAUUUAUUUACUAUUGCGUUUAUUUUUAGCGCGGGCGGCAGCAGCCAGUUUUUUGCAUGCUUCAUCGUUUAUUUUUGGGCCAACACGAAAUCGGCAAAAAGCAGCAAUAAAUAGCUGCAAUAACGACACACACCCACGCACUCCCACACAAACACAAACACACAAAACAAUCGAGUAGAAAAGUGAGGCGCACUGAGAGAAACGUUAGGCAGCUAAUUUUUGAUCUUUGGUUGCAGCUGGCAACCCUGUCCCGCGGCUGGGUGGUCUACGAAUAUCUCCGCAAUUGGAUCGCAGUCUACUCCCCCAACUUCUGGGAAAAAUACUAAAAAUUCCACAUUAAGAUUCCUACCACUACUACAGGCAUCAAUCGCCAAUACAAACUUUAAUUGUUAUCAACGAUUUCAUCUAAGAGAUAUGCAAAACUAGAGAUACGCUGUCAGUUUGGUUGGCACUUAGAUUACUUUAUUUUAGAGUGUGAUACAAUUUUGCAUUGCUUUUUUAUAUAAAUAUCAAAAAAUCAACAACAUAAGAUAAAGAUCAAAAUGAUAUCGUUUCUUAAAUGUGAAGCAUCCAAUGAGUUUUACCGAAAAUCUCUAUUAGCAGCCCAACUUAGCGAGUAGCCACUGUAGCGGGGGCAUAAAAAAUACAACUUUAUGAUCGGCGGCGGCCGUUUGACGUCAGAAUCGCUUGGCUUGGCUGUCUGUCUGUCUGUCGGACUGCGCCAAUAUAUGUAUGUACGUGUGGUGGAAAUACACAUGUACACAUGUAUGUAUGUGUGGUCGCCCUGCCGCUCGCGCUCUCUUUCUUCUUUCUUCUCGCUUUCGUCUUUCUCCGCUGUCCACCCACCACAGCCACCCACCGCAGAAUGGGAAGAAGAAGAAGAUAAAGAAGGAGAAGCGGGCGGGUGGGUGGUGGAGAGGGGAUGAGCACGUCAUGUGGUGACCCAAAUCGUUCGUGUGACUUUUCCCAUUUGCGCUCGUUUUGUUUAAUUCAAUUUGCGUGCACAUUAAAUGCUGUUACUAAACUAAUAAUUGAAAUAAAUCAUAUUUCUGCAACAGCGUUGUUUUCCUGUAUUUUUGUUUCUUUUUUGGACUUGAUUUUAUUUUAGUGCAACAUGUGGCGACGCCCGAAAAAAAAAAGGAAAGAAAACGUUUUGUUAUUAAUACGGCGUGUACUCACACGUCUGCGCAUAUGUACAUAUACAAACUUAUUUGGCUAUGUGCGUGCUCCAGAUUUUCUAGGUGUCUACUAAAAAUACCUUGUAGGCGUUUUCCGCUUCUUCUGUAUUCAUUAGUAUCGCUGAUUAGCCAAGAACGAGAAGAGCUAAGGGAAUUUGGCAAGGAAUUAGUACGGCACGACUUCCAUAACUUGGAAUCCAACUGUGCACUGCUCAAGUAAUAUGGUUUUAUCUCAAAUCUGGAGGUCAAUUACGUGGAGAUUAGCUAUCUCUCUUAUUGUAGCCUACAAAUCGUACAAGGGAGUUGCAAAUCAUAAUCAACUAGGAUGCAAGUCUUUGGAUUCCAUUUUCCAUUUGAAGCCAGUUAACGAAGUACUACUGUGGCAGCAACUACAAUUGGACGACAGCGACAUCAAAACGGUUUUUGCGCUUUUGAAAGCACUUUUUCAAUGGAAGCUUGUGCAGAGAAAGGCGAAGAAUUUAUGCUUUCUUUCUCCGCACUCACCCCCUGAGCCCAAUCCCCGUCCCGCUCGCACCCACUGGCCAAGUGCGUAGAUAGAGAAGAAUCGAAAGCGAAGAAGAGCGGAGAGAAGAGCGAAGAAUGUAAAUGCCGAUGGCUGGCUGGCUAAGUUUAUUAUUAUAUUUAUUUUUGCUGCUGUUUUAUUAUUUUUUUUUUGCUGUCUUAUUUAUUUUUCUUUUUUUUGUUUCGCUCGACGUGGUUCAAAGUUCAAUGACCGAUUUUGCCUUCGCCAAAACUGAAGCGAAAUGAACUGAAAUGAAAUAACGUAGUGAACUGAAAUGAACCGAAAUGAAGUGAAGUGAGCGGCGCAGUCGCAGAGCUUUGUUGCCAUCUCGCUUACACAAACACACAGACACACACACACACACACUGGGGCACAUGGCCACACACAAGGUCAGUUAAUAAAGUUGAUUUUUGCUCAAUACGCAAUAGCGCAAAAAUGUGCAAAUAAAAAAUAUAAACAUUAACAAGUGGCAAGCGAAAAUACAAAAGACAACAAGCGGCAAUUUAAAAAGAACCUUUCAUAAAGUUGUUUAAGUGAUCUCUCAAGAUCAUGUAUAAUAUGCAUAAAUGUAUCAAGCAAGGUGUAAUAAAAUAUAAAUCAUUUUGGCAAUGAUUAUAUUUACUUUUCUAUAAAUCAGAAAGAACAUAAAAUGAGUAUUUGGUUUGUUUUACAAAGAAUCAUUGCACAUAAUCUUUUUGACAUGUAGAUAGCACUGAUAACGAUACCCCACAUAGUAUUCUAUAUACAUAUGUAUGUAUUUAGGAUCACAUGAGAACUAGUUUUCUCAUAAGGCACAUGGAUCGCCCAUGCAGACUGUUAAUUGAGUGGAAUGCUAUUGGGUUUUCGACAACUUGCCUUGUAAACAGUAGUUCGUUCUGCUACUUUCUAUACUUUCUCACUUUCCUAUAAACAACCUGGCGGUAUCAUUCCCCAUUUCCGCUACUGUAGAGCCGUCGUACUGGCUGUUUUGUAUGGUAAUUGAAAACUGCGCAUUCAUUGAUGACGGAUGACGUCGCAGCUUUGACACUGGCAUUGAAAAUUUCAGUUUCACAAGCAGACUGCAGUCGCCAAUCACCCGUCUCCAGUCAACAACAACAAUGAUAAUGAAUGCAGGAAGAACCAGAACAACAACAACAACAACAACAAAAAGAAGAAAGAGAAGACUACAAUUACGAUACUAUGUACUAUGUAGUAUAUAACAAAGGAACAGAAUGGCCGGCAUGAAUUUCACUUAAUAAAUAUGUGGCCCGAAAAAUGUUUUUAUUCACUGCAUCUCUGGAAUUUCAGUUUGAUAACUCAUCUUGAGUCUGACAUUAAUUAUGCGGAUAGCACAUAUUUCCUGACUUUUAUGCGUAAUUUAAUUUAAAACUCUUCGAAAAUUUUAUAGCGAGGGCAUAGAACACAUUUGAAUUCUUUCACCAAAUAAAUAUAAGUAAAUUUUGUUGUUUCGUUUAUUCAAUAAAAGCCCGCUGAAUGAGAUAACAAUAAUGGUUAAGCCCGUAAAUGAGAAAGGGAAAUAUAGAAUUAUGAAGCAAGUUGUACUGUAUCUACAGAUCGUUGCAAUUGUUAAUAUUACUUACGCCAACGGGUUUUCCCCAACGCCCAUUAACUGCAUUCAUGGUCUCUGUUUUUCGCACACUUAUUUGUUUGGCUGCACUGAUUACUGGACUUGAAUCAAGAAUAAUAAUAACCAAAACAAAUGGCAGCACGUGCUUGGCAUCUGGUUUGUUGUGAUAAAGUGCAGCCUUUCCCAAAACCACCCAAACCACCCACUCCACUCACUUUCCCCCCUUUCUCCGCUGGCCACACGUGUCAGCUAGUCAGUCAGCUAGUUAGUCGCUUAGUUAGUUACUUACUUAGCGAGUUAGUUGGCUGCGUCAGUGUCGCAAUUGCGCCGCAAUUUGGCACUAAUGAAAUAUUCUUGGUAUCGCAUUUGCAAUGCAAUGGGCGAAGGGAGAAAGGUGUGAAAGCUGCCAACAGAGCUGCUAAUUACCCAUCGUUCUGACAGCCAUUAAUCCUCCAGGAAAAUGGAAAAUGGAAAAUGGGAAUAACGCUGGCGUAAAAGUAUGAGGCAACCACUUUGCUCAAUUAAAAAAUCGUUAAAGGGCAAACAAGUGCCCUUUCCGCACCAAUAGGUUAAGGAAACUAAAGGGGUUCAAGCAUCAAUUAAACUGAUACUAUAUACCAAAAUACUACAAACCCAACAAAAUCUAUAUGAUAUAUAGUUUUAAACAGAUCUUAAAGCAGCAGCCUGCGUCACUUCCCUCAAAUUCCGUAUCCAAAAUGAAUAUAUUUCCACCAUAUACCGUGCUUCUGAUUAGCCUCCGCAUAUUGAGUGUCCAUGCGAUGAGCUUCGACCUGCCCUACUACGGAUACAACUCCUACCUGGACGGCUAUCUGGACAACGCCAACGAUGAUAUAUUCCCCGAGGAGCUCAACUGCGAAGGGGAUGGCAGUGCGGCGGCCACAAUGGAGCCACCGCCACUUCUGGGAUGCACAACACGAUCGUCCUACCCAUCUGGAUGUGAAAACAGGGAGAAAUGCGACAAGGAUCGGGAUCGGGAUCGAGAAAAAGAUAGAGAUUGCGAUAGGGAUAGGGAUGGGGAUCGAGAACGGGAUUGGGAUAGGAAUAGGUAUGGGGAAAGGGAUAGGGAUAGAGAUAGAAAUGGGAACAGGGACAGAGACAGAGACAAGGAUCGGGACAACGACAGGAAUAGAGAUAGGAAUAACUAUGACUCCAGUGAAAGCGACACAAACAAGUCGCGACUGAAGGCCACCCACAUUGCCCAGAAUGCCGCCCAGGUGGCCAAGGCCGCCAAUGAUGCACAGGCUGCGGCCGCCAUGGAUGCAUCGCGGCAGGUGAAGAUGCAGCUGGCCGACAAGGCCAUCUGCGCCGCCCGUGCCGCCGAUGCCGUGCUCGAGGGUAAGCUGGCCAUAGUGGACAACUACGCCAGGGAGAUCCGGGAGGCCGAGGCGGUGGUGGAGCAGGUGAGCUCCUCGCUGGAGGUCAGUGAGACAAACGUGGAUGCCGCCUGUGCGGUGGCCAAAGCAGCGGAGCUUCAAGCCGCAUCAUUCAGGGCCCUGGUGGAGCAGACGAGGGGCACUUUGUCGGACCUGGACGGCCUAAUGGAGCAGUCGAACGGGGAUCUCGAGGAGAAGAGCCAAAUGCUGGCGGCGGCGAAGGCGCGCGGUGACCGACUGGCCCGACAGGUGGCCCAAGCCAGGUCGGAGUACGAGCAGGUAAGGGAGGCGGCCUGUCGUGCCGCAUCCGCCGCCGUGGAGGCCAAGCAAAAGGUCACCGCCGGCAUUUUGCUGCCCACACCCACGGCGGCUCCCGUUCCAAGGCCCCAAGAUGGGUGUGGCCACGCCCUCGAUAGCAACACAUGCAACGCCCUCCUGGAACUCUACAGGCAGCGCCGACGGCAGCAACAGCGAUUGCGGCGGGAAAAGCUGCUGAAGGGGAUGGAUCGCUAUCGAGAACCUUCCCUGUACGGGGAUCACUCGUUCUAUCCAAUGCGCUCCCUGUAUUGAUGGGAGAUAUCUGCUACAUCUACAAUUCUGUUUUUAUAAUCGUUGCGAAUUAAAUGCUCUAUUUAGAUAA